UACUGGACGAGAAAGAGAACGCGAAGAAGAGAGCCAGAGACAGAGCGCGCCUCUCUGCGCGAGGCCCUCCUGUAGGAUCGUAAGGAGAGGGCUACGGAGGAGGGGUUAUUACCUACCGCAUCGAAUCGAUCGUUUCUCUCACUCUGACCCUUUCAAUGCACGUGGUCUUCAGCUGCAGCGCUUGAAAGUUUGUCAUAUAAAUACCAGGUCGUUAUGUCCAUACGUGUGUUACGUAUGCACAUGCGAACCUUGAUAUUCUCCACUGAUACGCGAGCUUAUAUUCCCGCUGUAAACGUAGCAAUAGUGCAAGCUCCGCAGGAUUAUAUUCAACUGCGAUUUGCUUCACUGUCACAAAUUUACCCUCCGAACGCGAAGCCCGCACAUAUUUCCCAUGCAAAUUUCAAGAAGAUAAAAUGAUUUUAUGCAGGCUCUGUGCGAUAAAACAGCAAAAAUAAGGCAGGAAGAAGUGAGGCGAGGGUGAUCGACGAUUCGCCAAUAGCUAGAGUCAGUCCUCGAAUAUAUUCUAUAAAUAGUAGCUUACGGAACGAAAGAUAGAGAAAAUCCGGGGCACCGGCGAAGAUCGAGAAUUUCAUCAUCAUCACCUUGAUUUCAGACCGAGGCAACGAGAACAACAAAAAGUCGAAAUAAUAACAUAAAAAUGGGGAAACGAGAGCUCGGUAUCUUUCCGGUUGGCGAGGCCCGUGCACCGAGAGGAAAAAGCACUCUCGCGGUCGGCACGAACGCGAAAGACGCCGAGAGAAUGUAUUUCGAUAAAUUAAAUUCGCAAAAAAUAGAGAGAAAAAGAGAGCGAGCGAGAGAGAGAGAGAGAUCCAGGAGCACGUGGGAUGCGCGUGAGUUAUCGCCGGCUGUCCAUCGCAGCGACUUGCUCCUCCGCGUAGACAGUAGAGAGUGAGACGCUGGGGAGACCCAUAUAUUGCCAGAACGCGAUUCCAUGUACAUAUUCUAUAUACACACAGACACACAUUCCCCGAUAUAGAUUAAUCGAUAAAACUCAAAGGCGUACGAAGCUUUACUCGGCAUGCGGAAAAAAGCCAAAUCCGCCCUUUUCACUUCCUACGAGAACUCGCGUUGGUCAACGCUAUUGGCAGCCUGCUCCGGUACACGUGCGUCUCUGUAUAAAUAAUGUAUAGUUUAUAUGUACAAGGAUAGGGUCUGUCUAUCUCUCUGGACGUGGUAUCGCCCACCGGAGAAGUCCAAGAACAAUGGCUGGACACCGGAAACUAUAGCAGCUCGAUGCUUCGGAGAGUCCCUCUCCGCCGACACAAUGCAGUUUACAAAGCUCCAUUCGCUAUGUCUAUAGAUUCAUAGAGAACCAUAGAAUAUUAGCGCCUGGAGGGACGCGAUCGCAAGCUCCCCGCCAAUCUCCAUUAGCCACGAGAAUCUUAGCCGGAAGAUUUUCGUUAUCAAGGCCCCCCUGGCUAUUCUAAUUGUCCGAAACUUCAUCUAGAGAGGACUCUCCUCUUCGUACCCGCGCGUCAAACUUGCGAAAUGGAACGGAUGAAUUCAUGAGAUUGGUUUGCAGUUUCAAACCCAAGAUAUAUCGGAGUUCGAGCCGUUUGCAGAGCGACUCCGUUGUUUCAUUAAAUUCCAGAGGUCAUUUGUACAGGAUUGGAGGAACGAAAAAAUCGAGGGCACCGAAUACCGGUGACACCGCACACAUUUAAGCACGUUUUUCGAAGACUUUUCCUGCCUGAGGCCAAAUAAUACUGAAGAGAUGAAGCUUUUGUUUCAGUCCCGGAUUGCUAUCGGGAAACGGUGAUAGGAAUGGAGGCUGCGCGUGAUAAUUUGAAAAUUGUAACGCGAGCUCCAUUUUCAUUAGAGCAUCAAAGUGUCUCAACGUGUUUGAAUGUUUACAAAAGCUCACGCCCACACGUGGACGCGGUUGUACGAUAAUCGUCUUCGUCGUGGAGGCUACCCGGGAGCCAUAACGCGAUCGUCCGAUAGCGCGAGCGGAGAGCUGGCGUCGAACAAAAACGAGGCAAGAGGAUAAUACGAGUACCGCAGAGUCUGGGAAUGAAUCCCGGUGAAAGAGACAAAUCCCGAUGUCUCGAGCGACGAGGGAACACCGACACCAGGAAGUUAUAUGCCCGGGACAACUUCUCUUUCAAAUCCACCCGAAGCAGCCGGUACGACGCCGAUGAAUUUAUAAUCAAACUAAUUCAAUUAAAGCUCAACAAUGCCCUGAGUUACGUCUAAUUCGAGGCUCACUCAAACGACAAUAAAUCAUCAUCGGAAGCAAACUAAAUAAGGAGCUUGAGGCUCAUGCUUCUGGAAACUCGGGAUGCGAGGAACGAACUUUUUGUGACUGGACAUCAUCGUCAUCGCGAUACGUAUCAUCAUCGGGUUCUUAACGAGAACUACGUCGCGUUGGGAGGGAAGAAGCUAUGUCUCUGCAGCACAAGUAUUACGUGACGACUGUACCGGAAGAGGGUGACAACGGUUUCAGAAUGCCGCGAGCCUCAGUGGUGCACAUGACUUCGACGGCGACGAGGCCUCAACACCUGUCUCAGGUUCUAGCGACGCUGGCGCUGUCGAUGGGAACGCUAUCAUCGGGACUGGCCAAGGGCUACACGUCACCGGCCCUCGAUUCCAUACUCGACAGCCAACCACCCCAUCUUUAUCACACGACCAACGACACCUGGUUGGCUUUCUCGGUAAGCAAGCAAGAGGCUUCCUGGGUUGCGUCUUUAUCGAUGCUCGGAGCUUGGUUCGGUGCGAUGACCGGUGACUGGAUAAUGCGACGAGGUAGAAGACUCGCUCUCCGGGUGACGUCACUGCCACUCGCAGCCGCUUGGAUACUUACCGGUGUCGCGCCUUGCGUGGAACUCGUUUACACGACGAGCUUCAUAGGCGGUUUGUGUUGUUCCUUGAUAACGAUAGUGGCCCAAGUCUACAUAUCGGAGAUCUCGAUGCCCGGGAUACGGGGUUGUCUGUCAGCGAUGUUGAAAGUAGUGAGUCAGGUCGGUGUAUUGCUGUCGUACAUCGCCGGCUCCUAUUUGAAUUGGAGGCAGAGCGCCUGGUUGGUAGCGAUCGCGCCGUCGAUGCUGUUCGUCGGAACGCUUUUCAUACCGGAAACACCGUCUUAUUUGGUACUGAAUGGACGAGACGAGGAGGCCGAGGGGAGCCUGAAGUGGCUGCGGGGUCCGCAGGCCGACAUCAGACAAGAGCUUCAGGUCAUCAAGACGAACAUCCUCGCAUCGAGAGCGAAACAGUACGAGCUUUCGUUCAGAAAUAGCGUGAUCACGCCGCGACUGUACAAACCAGUAGCCAUCAUAUGUGGUCUGAUGUUCUUUCAACGUUUCUCCGGUGCAAACGCCUUCAAUUACUACGCAGUCGUGAUAUUCCGACAAACACUCGGAGGCAUGAAUCCCCACGGGGCUACCAUUGCCAUUGGAUUCGUUCAGCUACUCGCCUCUUUGCUAUCAGGUUUUCUCAUCGACAUUGUCGGCCGGCUGCCACUUCUCAUAGCGAGCACAGUCUUCAUGUCCCUGGCCUUGGCUGGCUUCGGUAGCUACGCCUAUUACAACUCGAUGUCGCAGAGCCAGACAACCACCGUGAUGGGGCAACACGACUGGAUACCCCUGCUAUGCGUUCUCGUGUUCACCACAGCCCUCGCACUGGGCAUAUCGCCAAUUUCGUGGCUAUUGAUUGGCGAGCUCUUCCCUCUCGAGUAUCGCGGUCUUGGCUCGAGCAUAAGCACGAGCUUCAGCUACUUCUGCGCCUUCUUGGGCAUCAAACUCUUCAUGGACUUUCAGCAGGUACUCGGGCUUCACGGAGCGUUUUGGUUUUACGCCGCCAUGGCGGUGUGCGGUCUGUGUUUUGUAGUUUGCUGCGUCCCCGAGACGAAGGGCAAGCAGCUGGACGAGAUGAAUCCCGAUUACGCUCAAGCUCGGUAGUACAAGGCCUCCCUCGGCGGAGGGUUAAGUAACGCGGAAAAGCCGAGGAAAGGAUUGUCGGUGGGCGGUCCAGGGGAUCGUCGCGGUCCUGGUGGCGAGCCCUGUGACACCCGUGGAGCGAGAAUUCCACGAGGGAAUGGUUGGGGCGUGGGUUGUCAAGGGCGAAUUAGCAAGAGUCGCCGAAUAGCCGAUUACUGCAGCAGCGUCGUCAAGAAGACGAGCCGAAUAGGCCGCAACGUCGGCAACUUUAUUCGGACGUACGGUCCGAUAAGCAAUCGUAGCGGAGAGGAGACCGCCGCCGAAAGAUUUCCGCCCGCUCUGAGCAACGGGAUCGUCCCCGGCAGCGAUUACCGCCGCGAGAUAAGAUCGAGCGCGUCCAACAUCGAGAAUCAUCGAGAUCUAAUGGAGCGCAGAGCUUUCACCGGUUAUUCGGCGGAGCUCCGGAAGGGCUCGCGGGGCCGCUACACGAGCCAGAAUACCACGAGCAACGGGGAGUUGGGAUCGGGAACUCGCGUAAUCGAGGAAUAUCAUCGCAACAUCGACGUCCGGGAGUACAGACGAAACGAGGACGUCCGACUCGAGUCCCGCGCCGUAAUGAGACUCGACCGCAUCCAAUACGAGCAGAGACAUUCUCGCGGCAAGAAGAAAAGCCUCGCGAGAAGAGCAGCCGAAGAGAACGGCUACGAGGGCCCAAGACUCUACUCGAGUUUGCCAAGACGCUGCGGCCCCAGGUCGAGAUACCCCUGCGACGAUUACUCCGCGAGUCUCAUGGGGGACCCGAGGACCCGCAGCGUUUAUCCGAAAAGUAUGCAGGACCUUACCGACCUCGACAUCGAAAGGAUCCUCGAAAGAGACACCAAUUUUCGCAUACCCCUGAGCUCCUUUCGUUCGAGCGACUCUCUCGUCGAGAAAUACCGACGCAGAUACGACAACGGCGAAGAAGACUCCGAGGACAAUUGCUUGAGCCUGUACAAGAGCCUGUCGAGCGGCUUGGAAAGCGGUUAUCGCGAAAAGUCUUACCUACCCGGUAGAGUUCACUACGAAAGAGAGUACAGAAUCUACGGUAAGGAUACCCUGGCUCUCAUAUAUUACAAGACCUGUUACUUGUGAUGCCUACCUCCAACAAUCAAGAGAAUUUCCCCCUUAAAUCGAGCCACGAUUUAUUCAUAUUUAUUGAUUUUUUAAUUAUCCGAACGCUGGUCGUUCGCGCGAGCUCGUUCUUCCUAACCCCCUUAAAUCCCCACGUUGCGUCCUCACGCCAGACCCUACAUUACGUUCUUCAUUAUCGCACUACUUUUAUUACUAUACUUUACCGUUAAUCUACCACCUAAUAACGAGGUCAAAUCGAGCAAACGGCUUAGCAGCGAGGGAAGUUGUCGAUACAUUUUUUUCGAAAUAUCCUCACGAGAGUACCACGAGAUCAAAACACUCAACGAACCUAUUCCCGCUUUUAUCGCGGCGCACUCCAAAUUCCAGAUUCUCUUUCCCUGCACGAAGAGAAUUAAAUUUUGCGCUAUUCUCAGUUUUAUAACAGAGUAAAUAUUGCAAAUGGGACGUCAAAAUUUACUAAAUACUCCGGUAAAUGUUCCUAUUCGGAGCAACAAAUAUUGUUUAAUUUAUAGGAAAAUUCAAUUUUUCUUCCUUCAUUCAUCAUGAAUUGCAGCUCCUCACCGAACCGUCGUCAUUCACCGUAAUUUUUCAAUUCAAUUCUCUCCGCGUACCUUCUCACCUCAUCCAAUCUCAUAAUCGCGCUACUCUCGUGAAAUAUUCGACGAAAAUUUAUAUAUUUCGCUCGAUCGCGAAAGGCAGAACUUCCAUACAUCGUGCCUUCCUUCAAAAGAGAACAAGAUGAAUGUGUAACCACACGACAAUAUUGAGCUCCAAUCGUAUCAACGAUGAGGUCAAAUAUUAUACAUAUUUAUCAUUAAAUAUGUGUAUAUACUAUAAAUAGCAUUAUUAUUAAAGGAUUAAUAAUACAAAUAUACAAAUAUUUGGGUGGACGUUCAGCCGGAAACGCGCGGGCCACACUUCGAACGGUUAAACUCCUCGUCGAAUGAAUCUACAGGGACCUUUCGAAAUGCGAAAACUUUAUUUUUCCUUCGUUAUUGUUUCUUCAUCUCCAACGAUCGUUCCUAAUUUUGAAAGAUUGCGGGUUUGCGGGGAGCUCGUAGCCAGCAACGUUUCGCUAGGGGGCGCGAUUAAUUUUGCACUUCCCGAGCCAAACGCCUCGAAGCUUCGAGUCGUUUCGAAUACGUUUCUGUUUCUUUCUCCUCCGCGCAAUCUUCCCCGAUGGGGAAGAUUUUCGACGGAGAAAAAACUCGGACGUAGUGUGAGAAACGAAAAUUUAUCGCGUACUUUAUACGAGUAAAUGAAGCAUUUAAACCCUGUAAGAGAAAAAUGGCUUUAACGAAUCACACACCAAUGCGGGCUAAUGACUUAAUGGAAAAUAUUCAAACAAACGACAAUACGAGCCAUGGAUAGUCAAAUAUCCAUGCAGCCAUAUAAUAACGUAUACAUUUAUGUAGAUUAGGGUGAUUAAAAAAAAAAAGCAACAUUUUUUCCUCAAAGUUCCAAGUGAUUAUGUCAAUGCAUAAUGAAAAAGUAAUUCUCUCAAAAUGUGAGCCAUCUAAGAACAUUUUUGGAGGUGGAAUUAGCAUAUAUUUUCAUUCCGCUGGUGGUCCUUCUGAAAAAUUUUUCAGGUGAUAAAAAUUUUGAGAAAAUCAUAUUUUCACGAUACGCUAACAUAUCAACCUGCGCGAUCAAAGCGAAUAGUUUUUUAUCUCGAGACGUUUACGAAAAAUCGAGGAAAAAAAAACUUGAGAAAAACCAUUGGGACGACCUCUAAAUGUUUUUUCUCCAAGCUCAAAUUUUGAGAGAAUCAACUCUUUUGAUUGAGUGCUAACUUUCGUCGUCGCAACACCGAACGACCAAUCUUUUUUUUAUCGUAGUUUUUCACUGGGAAAGAAAUAUUUAACGUCGUUGGUGCCACCUCUAAAAACUUGUUUAGAUGGCCCAAAUGUUGAGAGAAUAAUCACUUGCGACUUUGAGGAAAAGUGUUUUUUUUUCUUUUUUUUUUCUUUUUAAUCAUCCUGAUGUAGAUAUUAAGCUUAGUAUAUUUCGUAUAUGAAAAUGAUAUUACAUUGGAAAUCAUGUAUAUUGUCUACGCUCCUCGUAAUAUCGUACCAAUGUAUCAUCUAUUUAAUUGUAGUUUUUACAGAGUAAGAAAAACAACAAUAUCGACAAUACUAAUCAUUGCCAAACUUGAGAGUAAGAGCUUUAGCUUAGUCAGCGAGUUGUCGAACGGGAUAAACAGAAUAUUUUGGGAAGGGAAUCAUGAAGUCAUGGCUCGAAUCGAAUCGAAAGGCUUGUGAGCAUGAACAAUUCGGCGCAAUAUUUGCAGUCUGCAUUAUCUCGGGCUCUUGGUUUGUGACUAAAAUGCCACGCUCCCUGUGCUCGUUUUCCACUCUCAGACACUUGCGUCAAUGGUGAAGGUGGAGAAAACCAAGGGCUUUAAGGGUUCGAGAUUUUUGUUGCUGAUGGCCUCGAAGCCACGAGGAUUUCACAUAUCAAUAAAUUUUAUCGAGACUCCAUUGAAUUGAGCGAUUUUAAUGGACUUGAGUUGAGAACUUUUUCACUUUCCUUUGACCUGGAAACUGCAAUGUUUUAGUCAUUCGAGUUGUCAAAAAUGGGAUCCAAAUAUUGAAAAGGCCGAAUCGUUCGUACUCUUCGGAAGCAACGACGGACUGGAGAGCACGAUUUUGUCGAUUGUUUAAAUGGAAUGAUUUUUUUUAUUGGAAAUGCGUUUUGGAAGGACGGGGAAGAAUUUGGAAAAAGUGCGUUUCGCGAGGUUUUCGAAAUUCAAAUUAUUUUUUGUAUUUUUGUAUAGUUUUUAGCGAAUAUGAGGCCGAGAGAAAGUGAGGAUGUGAAAAAUCUCGCUCGCGAUUAUUUCGAUAACGUGUAAAUGACGAUUUUCGAGUCACUUAAAUAUCGAACGCUAUUGCGAUCGAGAGUUUCGAGAUAAAUAGCGAAACACUGCAGACGACGAAUAUCCGUCAUAUCGUGCGAGUCGUUCAGUCAUAUCCUUGCCAUAUCUGACAAUAUUAAUGUGCGAAAGGAGUGAAACGAGAAAAAGCAAAAAUCUCAACUUUUACAUAGCGAAAUAUUGAAUCGCGUACUUAAUUAGAGGCGAAGUGAGAAUGAGAGAGAAAACGAUAUUUCAGAGUGUUGAUAAGAUAUCAAGUUUAGCCUGAGAGCACGUCGCUCUCGUUGCUCAAUGGCUCUAAAGAAAAAAAACCUUACUCUUGCCCCAGUACAGAGAACAAAAAAUCAACAAAAACAAAAAAAUUGAUGGUAAUGGAGUUUGAAUCGUUGAAAUGCAGCGAGAAUAAUUUUCGUUCGUUCAACUUCCUCGUUUUGUCAUGAAGAAUGUAAGCAGAAAAAAAUGGGCCCAUUUAUAUUUGGUUCCAUCGAAAAGUGCGUUGAGAAAUCUGCAAAAAAAAAAAAGAAUUCUAAAAGCUGUGCAACGUUUCAAACUCGAAUGCCAUCGCAAUAGAUCGCGAGUCGUUUGGAUGUGAGAAACAAACACAAAAUCUGCACUGUGCACUUUCGUGAAUUGAAAAGGUUUAUUGAUAAUAACGUCGUUAAGAAUCUCGGAAAAAAAAAAAAAAAAAGUAAAUAAAUAAAAAAAAUAUGCAUAAAUGAGGAUGAUAAUAAUAAAGAAAUAAUAUUAAAAAGCGAAGGACGCGAGAAAUGUAGGUUCAAAGGUCACGAUCUUGGCGCGUGUAGAUAAUGUGAAUAGUGAGAGAUAAAAGAACAAAAGAGAGGAUAACGAAGAAAAAUAAAUAAAAAUAAUAAUAAUAAUAAAAAAAGAGACCUACUGCAUUGUAUGAAAUAUAUUGAAUAAUUGUAAAAACAAGAAAAAACAUACAGCAAAGGGAACGACGAGAGUCAUUCUUUCCUUAAAACUGUGCGCUAAUGAAUUUCCUUCGUUUAUCGUUUACGUUCCGCUUUUAAGCUUCCUAUCGCAAUCUUCCGACCAUCUGUUUCGGACAAUAAUAAAAGGGAGAUAAAAGUAAUCGAGUUAUCGUCUCGAUGCUUUUGUCACUCUACAAUAUAAAUCGCGACAAUAAAUAUUAUUCUUAUUAUAUGAAAAUAAAUAAUAAUAAAAAGAAAAAAAGAAUAUAAUAAAAUAUAACCAGUAAAAAGAGAAAAUAAAAGGGUGAUGCGAAAGUCGUGUGCUGGACAACACUUCAGAUUCGAGGUUUGUUUUUAUUCCAAUAACCAAUAACACCCUCGUCAACAGAACAGGGAAGUACGGGAGAGUGCGUGUAAACACGAGAUAAAACUUUGAACGAGAUUUCUUACAAAGAUCCUAUACACUAGUUGUGCUUGCUAGUUUUAAUAUUUUUGUAAUGAUGCAUAGACGGUAGAGUGUUUGUACCUUUCUUAGAUCGAGUAUAUCGAUGAUCCUCGUUCGAAAGGAAAAGAAAAAUGAAAAAUUACUGGGACAUAAUCGAACGAGGAUGAGAAAAGAAAAAUCCGAUUCUUGGACUUUACCGAAUGCCACGAAUUUAAAAAAUCGAUAUAUUAUUAUAUGCAGGUUUUUAAAAACGCAUUUUCAGCUCCACUUUUUAAGGUUAACACCAAAAGAAACAAUAAUGAGAAAACAAAAAAAGAACAACAAUCUGUUUAAUUACUAUGAAGUAAAUGCUCAUUCGCUUGCUUGCACACGUUAUUCAAUUGUGCGAGAGGUCUUUUCGAUCUUUUUUGUAAUGUCAAAGUGACACUAAACGCAUCGCGAUUUAAGAUAUAUAAAUGCAGGGUGAGCGAGAAAUAAUAACGGGAAACGUGUGCAAACGAGUACAUAGCACAAAAAGUAGUGCCGCCGGUCUAGGUGUGAAAGCGAACUAAUAUUUAUUUCCCUGUAUACCUUUCGUCCGUGCCAGUGCAAUAGAGAUUUUGUGAAUUUGAUCGUUGCGAGAAUGGUUCGAAUGUCUACUUAAGAACAUGAUAACGAAAUGCGUAAAUCUUGUAAUUAUAAAAUGACGCGAUAUUAUGAUACUGAAUUUUGCAUCAUUGCGAUUCAAACAAAUUUUCUUUUUUCAUUACGCCGGAGCAAGAUUCUCUUCUGAAAUCAGACUACAAAAUGGCUUGAAGUUUUUAAAACCUGAUUAGAGACUCGCGCAUCAAAGCUGUAUAUGGAACAAAAAAAUGUUGAAUCUGAAAAUUGGUGUCGGCGAAAAGGGAAGUUUUUAUUCGGCUAUGGCAGAAGUUUUGUAUGCCGAUUCUACUAAAAACUAUAGUUCAGUGUUAUUUUAAAAUUUGCUUUUUUUUAUGUAUAAAAUAGCAUGCUGCUGAUUUUAGAGAAGUGAAAUUUCAAAUGGGAAAAAGAAAAUUCAUUACAUUUCAUUGAUGCAAACUUCAAAAAUGUAAAAUGAUUAUAUUAGAAAUUCUUUGAAACAAAGUACAGUGUCCUUGUACGAAACGCUGAAUCGUCUUGACGGAACCAAAAUGUUGCGUGUUUGUAUAGAUUAUAUAUACGAAUAUAUUAUUGUCAAAUAAAAUGACACGUUCGGCGAAGGAAAA